AUGGCAUCUCCCCCGGACGGACAAGCGUCUCCUUCUUCACCCAAAUCCACCACCCAGCCGUUGCCGCAGUCUCUGCCGUCUGCUACUCCGCAACCUCUGUCUGCCCAGCCGACCCCCGUUGCCAACAAGCCGACAACAAACGCUGACAAGAAACCGCGGCAACGAAAGCGAACACUAGCUGCCGAACCAAAGCCCCGACAUCCCUCUUCUCAAGUCGCCCAGGCACCCCCUCUGCCAAUUCCAACUUCUGUUCUUCAACCGUAUCCUGGUCCUGCCAUUUUCAUGAAUCCCCCAUACCCCGUAAACGGUCCCCCGUACUCACAACAGGGUCAGUACCCGCAGCAACCACAACAAGGCCAGCCCAAUGCAGCAAGUCCCCCUCCGAUGGCCCAAGCUCAGUACAGUUAUGCUAUACAUCCCGCGUCGUACGGGCAUCCACCCGCGUACGGCUACACCCAAAUUCCACACCCACAAAUGGCGGUCGUAUAUGCGCACCCGCCACACGAGCAGCCUCAAGUGCAGCAGCCAAGUCCGCAGGCAACGUCGUCGGGUUCCAAACGUAAGAGGAAAGGCGGUGGUAGGGGUUCAGACAAACCCUCUGAUGAUGAGGCAGGCGCAUCGGGCAGCGAGUUCGCUCGCGCUCAUAGUGCCCAGCCACACCCAACAGCACAGACUCCGGUUGAUCUCAAGAAGCGAACUAAAACACAGCGUGCAUGCGAUAGCUGUCGCGCGCGUAAAAUUAGAUGUGAUGUUAUCACCGACGUGGACCCACCGGUCUGCCAACACUGCAAGCAGUAUGGCUUUGAAUGUACAUUCUUUCUGCCCAUCACGGAGACCCGUUUCAAGAAGAAGAAGCUUGAGGAAGAGGGCGCUGAUAAAGAGAAGUCGGAACCAGUCCGCGCGGCUUCUUCUCAGGCAGACUCUCACCCAAGACAUGAUAUUGGGGUGCUAGGGCCUACCUCACCCGCCCACCUAUUGCACUCACAAGCUACGAUCUCCUCGCGCAUAUACGAGUCUUACGAUCAAAGAUACCAACAUACAUGGGAAGUCACUAAAACGGGAGAUGGCCUUAUCCAGAUCCAGAAGCCGAGCAACGAGGAACAUAAGCAAGCAAUUUCCAAACCCGUCGAUCUACACAUCGAGCGCGAUGUUGUCGAACAACUGAUUAACGCGUACUUUGCUGAUGUUGCCCCCAUUUUACCCGUUGUGACGAAGGCAGAGUUUUUGGCGAACCCCAACCCGCCGCCCAUCCUCCUCUAUUCUAUGUGCCUGGUGGCCGCCGCUCGUCGGGAAAUACCACAAACGGUCUUCGAUACAAUUCGUUACGCGGUCAACAACAUUAUACAGAAAGAAGACGUCUUGUCUACGGCCUCGAUCGUCAAUGUUCAGUCAUUGCUCAUAUUGUGCAUGUCGGGCGACUGUCAUUCGCAGUUCGUUCCAAGCGCACUGUCUGCAUUGUGGAUUCGACUAGGCGCGGCAAUUAGAAUGGCGCAAGACCUUGGUCUUCAUCGCGCGGAGUCGUUCAAGCAAAAUGUUGAACUUCGGCGGCGUCUUUGGGCCGCGUGUGUGAUCAGUGACAGAUGGAUCAGCGUAGCGUACGGCCACCCUUAUAUGAUCGACGUUCGCGACUGUGAUGCCCGCCUGCCUUCCGCUGGCGAUCAACAUGAUCUCUAUAUGGAUGAACUCGUUCGACUGAGUGUCAUCUUAGGUCGAGUGCAUAAGACCAUCUACAGUCCGUCUGGGUUAACGUUUAUGACCGAUCAGGUCCUCGUCGAACUACUCGCCGACAUACAACGGUGGCAGGAUCAAUUACCUGAAGAUCUGAAAUUCCGUGGAGUUAACACACCCCGGAAUGCUGGCUUGCUCCACAUGCUUUAUGCUUGUGUCUGUAUCCUGUUCUGGCGUGUCUUCAUGCGGAUAUCAUACACAUGUCCUGCACACCUCAAAUUUGGAUUGACCGUGGAACAAUGGACGCAAUUGGUGACUAUGACCGGUGACCUCAUCGACUGGCUGGAUGCCAAUGAGAAGACUUACGAUGUGUGGUUAUUGAUUGCCUAUGCCACCACUUUGUGUGCAUUAGUCCAGAUCCAUACUUGGGCACGGCGGAAAGAUGAAAACGCCAUGGCAAAGCUGAGAAAGCUGAGGGAUUGUGUCCGCCGGUGGGAAGCAUCGUUAUCGCCUGAUCAUAUGUCAGCAAGAAGAAAGACGGCGGAGAUCAUAACCUUGCUGUUUGAGUCCACCCAAGGUGACCCUCUGCCCAUAGAGACUCCGGCUCUCAACCCUACGGGAGGGGUCAUAGGUAAGAAGGUCCUGGGUGGCUUGAACUUCAAGAAGGAUCCAUCACGGCCUGGUGGCGGGGUAUUCGUCGCCCAGGGAGAUGCCCGGGAAGACCUGAAGGAUCUCCCUGCUGGUACCGUCAUCAGCACCAGUUCAGAUGAGGAGUCUGAAGGUGAGGCCCCGACGCGAUCGAUGUCUUCUGUUACAACGUCGAAUAACGCGCAACUCUUCUCUUCCUCCCCGUUCGCACCCCCGCUUCCCGCCGAUGCGCGCCCGUCGAAUUCGAAUUCGCAUCCGACAGCGCAACCAUCGCUGCCCGUUCAACCCUCCUCUAUGGUGAAUAUUACACCCUUGUGGGGCGGUAAGGGCGACGGAAACUUCCCGAACGUGAACCCUGCCAUGAACAGUCAAACCGUGCCUGGGAAUGUGCAGGUAAUGAAUGUAUUAGACGUGCCCCAAGGUACCAAUACGCUGGAGCAAUUUGCGAUCGCGGAUACAGGAUUCUUGGAAGGCAUACCAGGCAGCAUGUUUGAUUGGGGACAAUGGGACACAUUUUUCUCUCGGUUCAACGCCACGGCCGGAAGUGGGGUCAACUCUGGCGCGGGCCCGUCGGCUUCCAACUUCGCCCAAACGCCGUCACAGCAACUCACCGACCAAUCGCAACAGCAGCAGCAGAUUGUCAACCAUUCUGGCCUCCAAACGCAGGAAAGCCACAGCCGAACGCCAUUACCUUACCCUCCCCAAUGA